CAUGAAUUAUUCUUACUAUUUAGAUUAAAGUGUCUCUCUGCAGAUUGAUAGAUUUCAUUACACCUAUCAGAUUCCGAUGAUUCAUUAUAUGAGUCACCCGACAUCAUGAGAAGUUCUUUGCUCACCACUCACAACACUCACAGUCUUCCACAAAUGAACAAUGAAAUUAUGAUUAUUAUAAUCAACCAAUCAUCAAAUUACAACAAUAACUGUGACUGCUUGUUGUGGUAUAAAUACGGGAACGGAAAGUCAGUUACCAUAAGAAGAUGGUCUACUUCACAUACAGCCAAGUAGCUUUCGUCACUCUGUUGGCAUUCACGACCAUAAACGAAGGCGAAUCGACGAAUGUAACUAAACUUGCAAAGAUGCUAAACGAAACUGAAAAUGAAAUAUCCGGAAUAAUUUCGGAGCUGAAAAGUGCAAAGAGCAUAGUACAAAUUCAUAAAGACAAACUUCUCAGUCAAAAUGAAAGCUUACGAGGCUUUUUAGAAGACCAUAUUAAAUGCCUGGAAUUUGGAUUUGAACUAAUUUCGGCACAGAGGGGACUUGAAAGUAUCAUAGACCAUCUCACUAGCAACAAUGACGGAACAUUAGAUGAUACAAUAAAGUGUUGCAAAGAAGAAUUGGCAGUAUAUGAUCAAAAGAAUUGGGAUUUCCGAAUAGAUAACGAAUGUUUCAAUGACGUGCCUUCAUCGUUAGAAGAAGAGUUUCAUCAACUGGCUAUGGAAGUGGAAGAAGUAUUCAUCCAGAAAAAAUUGUUUAGCAUGAACAUUUUUUACAAGAACCUUUACACAACCCAGAUGAAAGUGUUGAAAGUCUCGAAUACCCGUGUUUAAUCGAAUAAUGAAAGUAUCAUGGAUAGCGUUGUAAGUCACCGUGAGGAUAUUCUCCAAUGAAUAAUAUCAUGAUAGUUCUAAAUAGAUGGUACUGAGGCUAUGCAAUCAAGCUACUGAAAUUCAAACGACCGAUAAUGAAUUAUUGAAAUGUAGCAGCUCAUAUAUACCCGGACAAAUAAUGAAAGUGGAAAUUAUCCUUCAUAGAAAAUAUUCAGAAUUCUGGGAUUCUAUGAAUAAGCAAACACUUCAGCACUGAUCAUCCUCCCCUGCAGUAUACAGGUCUUUCUUGAUUAUUUCACCAUUAAUAUUUUUUCCAACAAUAUUGCUGAUUGAAUUUAUUCUCAUACAGGCUAUUGAAGAGAAGUACCAGGAUGAAUGUCUCAACGUUGGCGUACCAUUGAAUACAUGAAGAUUGUAGAGGCUUUCGUAAAUAUUUUUGUUUUGAAUUAAAUUAAAUAAAUCGUUUAUCUGCAACA